AUGUGGACUUCUCCAGUCUCGAAGCGGGAGGCUAUGGAUAAGAAUGCCAGGGAUUGGCAGAUGGGCACGGACCUGGCGAACGAAGGGAGCCGGUUGUGGGGGAAGAUGCAAGGCUACAUCCAAGGACAUACACCCUUGGACACGGAGAGGCAUUGCACGGAUUGUCUUUUCAUUCCCUUGUUCUUGGCUGCAAUCGUUGGGCUUUGCCUUUGCAUCAACCAUGCCAUGGAGAAGGGAAGCUUUGAGAGGCUGACGUCGCUGCCGGAUUUCGAAGGCCACCUUUGUGGAACGGGUGGGCAGGGGCAGUAUGUGUACUUCUGCCAGCAGGGCGGGACCUUGGAUUUGCAGCACCAGAUCUGCGUUCCCAGCUGUCCCGUUGACAGCAGCACCCAAAUCUUCUGUCGAGGGACCGGCACGAACCAGCCCAGCUAUGCAACGCACCCCGUGGCUGGCAUGCUCUGCAUGCCAGCAGCUGCCGAGGUCGCUUCACAGGUCAAGCAUCUCUUUGACAGCAAUCCCUACCUGAAGACACUCUUCGAGCUCGUGGAGGUGACUUUCGACUGGGAGCAGCUCAUUGUGGCAGCGGUGGUAGCCUCCGUCGUCUCCUACCUCUACCUCUUUUGCAUCUCCCUUUGCGCCUCCUUCUUGGUGUGGCUUUGUUUGAUUGCUUUGGUGGUGCUCCCGACGUGUUUGGGUUUGGUCUAUGUGUACAUGUCUGCCAGCCCGGAGAUCAUUGUGCCCAACUCCUUCCCUGCAAUGAUCACAUCGGGUGACACCCGGAACGACUUGACUGUGGGCCUCUCCCUCUGUGGGGUGGGUGGCCUCUUGGCCUGCGUGGCGAUGGUGAAGGCGAAGACCAUACAGGCGGCGGUGGUCAGCAUCGAGGAGGCGGCCGACUGCAUCCGUCAGAUGCCCGUCCUGGCGGUGGAGCCAUGGAUUUCCGUCGUCAUCAAGCUGCUCUUCUUCGUGCCGGGCAUGCUGGGUCUCCUGAUGCUGAAUGUUUCCGGCGACCUUCCGAGUCAAGUGGAUUUCAGCCAGGGUCAGCCUGUCUACUCCGGGGAUCCCAUGGUGGCUAUCUCCCUGGUCUACUACUUCGUGGUCUUCGUCUGGAUCAUGGAGCUUCUCCACUCCGUCUCACAGUUUGUCGUCAUGUUUACCGCUCAGGUCUGGUUCUUCAGAAUGAAAGGCUACGAGACAAGCUUCUGGGCCCAUUUCACAGCCUACGACAUGCUUUGGGGUUUCGUCUAUGGGCUUGGCUACCAUCUCGGCUCGCUCCUUUACGGAUCCUUCCUAUGCACACUCUUCCGGGUGGCCCGAAUCUUCGCUUCCUUGCUGAUGCAUGCCUCCCAAAAUUCUGGCAACCCCGUUGCAGAAUGUGUGGCCAAAUGCUUUGUUUGUUGUCUUUCCUGUGCAGAGAAGCUCAUGCAGUAUGUCACCAGCAUGGCAUAUUGCGACAUUGUGAUGAACUCCACCACCUACUGCGAAGGUGCAGAGCAUGCAGUGCAGAUCGUAAGCGGGAAUGCGAGCCAGUUGGUGGCAGUUGAGGGCUUGGCUACCAUGUUUUCCUUCGUCGGUGUUGGCGUAUCCUCUGCUGCGACUGCCGGAAUCUGCUGGUUUCUCAGCACAACCUUCAGCCGCUACAGCAGUCCUGUCAGUGAUCACUAUGUCCCAGACAAACAAACGAUGGUCAUUUGUGCAGCAGUCAUUGGCGCAGUCAUGGCGGCAGAUGACUGGCUGUCGCUUUUCGGCCUGGAGCCCAAAGAGGCGGAACCGAAAAAGCCGGAGCCGGAGCGCUGCACGGCCGGUGGCAGGAUGAGAGCUCCUGGACUUCGAGAUCUGAUGUCAGACGUCCCCAAGGAGUUUUGCUGCGCACUGGACGGCAGGCUGCUUGUGGAUCCAGUCCGCGCGCCGGGCGGCCACGUCUACGAGCGCUCGGUGCUGGCCAAGGCCCUGGCGGAAGGAGAUCCUCGUGUGCUUUCUGACAGCCCGUACACCCUGCAAGACUGCCAGCGAGACACAGGCUUGCGAGCAAGGAUCGUCGAUUGGGUCCGAAGCACCCACUCCCAAAGCAAGGAGAAAAGGAUCAGCGGAUCCCUUGUCCUCAUGCAUCGUGGGUCGUCGUGUGCCUUGUAG